GGAGUGGGCAGGCUGGUGACUUUUCUUUCCAGAGAUGAAUCUCAGGAAGCAUUUGAUGAUGCCGUUGACAGAGAGCUCGUCCUGGCACUAUAAAGUUUUAGACGACAUCGCGGAGACACUUGAACAAGCGCACUGUUUGGACUCAAAGAGACGACCAAAAUAAUGAAGCUCCUGCUGCUCAUCCUCACGCUGAUGAUAGGUUGUGCUGCUGAAGAAGAAGAUGAUGAUGAUAAAGAUGAAGGUGAAGUGAAGGCAUGCAUACAAGGAUGGGUUCAAUUCACCUGCAAAUAUCCUGAAGCAAAUAAAAAAUAUGACCACAUCAAUGUAGUUAUACCCGGUAGAACAAGCUUACGAAGCUCUCUGAAGGAUGUUUGGGAAGAUAAAGGCAGAUUUUCUCUGUACCAUGAUACAAAACAUAAAACUCUCAUGGUGGGCAUCAGAGAUCUUAAACAAGCAGACUUUGGGACGUACAGAUGUGAAUUUGAUCAAAGCUCAAACAGAUCUCCUGUCAUAAAGGAAUUGGACUCUGGAAACUGCCGGCGACCAUUUACUCAACCUGUGAACAGAGCAGCUAAAAUCACCUGUGAUUAUCCAGGAGACGAUUUCAAGUGCUGGGUCAAGUUUUUCUGCAGAGGGGAGAAUUUCACCUGUAAGGAUAUUUUGUCAACCAAAGGUCCGGAGUUAAACGGGAAAUACAGACUUACAAACACCAAAAAAGGCUUUGACGUGUCCAUCAGGGAUGUUUCCUCACAGGACGCUGGUGUCUACUGGUGUGGAGCGGAAUCAAAGGACGGAAGCUACAAAGCUUCAAUCAGACAAAUAAAACUGGAGGUUGAAGACCCCUCCACUACUUCCUCCACUACAUCCCUGAAUCCUCCAGCUCCAGCCACCAGUUCUACAACCCAGACUCCUCCUGUGACAGGUCCUUCUGGUUCUCCUUUAACUGUGGUCAUCACUGCGGCUGUCCUCGUUGCUCUCCUGCUACUUGUGGUUAUUGUGGUUUUCACCUACAAAUGUUUGUCAUGGUCAAAACACAGAAAAAAUGGAGAGGCACAGAACAAAGAACAUCAUAUCUAUGACGCAAUACAAGAGUCUUCCCAGAAGUCCGUCACAAGACCUGCGAUAAAAACAGUUUAUGCCACCGCCAACUUCCCCACAAACCCAUCUGUCUUCAUGCAUGAGUUUAAAGUCGACGUUAAAAACAUGUCUGGUGAGGCUGACUCUGAUACAGAUUUUAAUCUGUGGAAAGCAGGCCAGCGUGAUACGAAGUCUACAGCCAAUCAUCCAUCCAGAGUUUCCAUUGACCCUUUCUACUCUCGAUUGUUGCCAUGCGACUGCAGCACUGAGGAAGGUUAAGUCCUGACUGCUCCUCUGUUUACUGCUUACUUUCUCACGUGGGGGCAGGUAUGUUUGAAUAGCUAUUAAAAUUUGAUGAUCUGGGAAAUUUAAAGCAUGUGGGGUCCUUUCCUUGAUGCAUUUCAAAAUGUAUAAGAAUUUUUCAGGUGCUUUCACCUCAUGUCAGGUGUAGAAAUACAGUGUACAGAUCUAGGGCAGUGACCUGGAUGGGAAUGAAUGGGAUUAUUUUGCCGGGCCUAAAUGUUAUUCAUGUUUAUAUUUUUUUCUUUAUUUCACUUUUAAUUUUUUUUUUUUUACAGCCUUAAGUGUGUGGGCCUAUUACCCCGAAUGUACAACUCAUCUGUAAUCCUUCUCUUCUCUUUUUGUUUAUAUGUAUGAAGGAAAUAUUCUUAAUAAAAAGACAUUUCAAAUGUUGAACUGAAAAUGUAAGAUGGGAAAAAUAUGCAAAAAAAUUAAAAGAAUAGAAAAAAAAUCAGAAAGGUGGCAGAAUACUUUUUCACAGCACUACAUAUUAAAAAAU